UGUGAUUGGUGGAAUCACAAACGUUCAGUAGAUUAGUGUUUAGGACGCAGUGUCUUCUUCCCAGACACCUGGAGGACUUUAUAAUAUAUAGAUAAUUUAUUUAGCUUUAUAAGUCAUGAGCUCCGGGUUGCUGAGGCUGGGAGUGCAGCUCUGUCCUGCCAGGAGAGUGUCGAGUCUCAGAGCAUGGAGAAAACAUUAUUCUGCUCAAAGUGGCGCUCUCGAGCAGGCUAUAACAGCUUUCCGCUCGGUCAGCGGUGAUGACGGCGUGUCUGUAGGUGUAGCAGUGCGAGAACAGCACGGGAGAGACGAGUCAGUGCACAGAUGUCUCCCCCCAGAUGUUGUAGUGUUCCCCCGGUGUGUGGAGGAGGUCAGUGCUCUGGCGAAGAUCUGCCACCGUCACCGAUUACCCAUCAUCCCGUUUGGCACAGGGACGGGUCUGGAAGGAGGAGUGGGUGCCAUGAAGGGUGGUGUGUGUUUCAGCCUCAGGAAAAUGGACCAGGUGCUUGAUUUGCACCCGGAGGACUUUGACGUGACGGUGGAGCCUGGCGUCACACGCAAGUUGCUCAACUCGUACCUGCGUGACACGGGCCUCUGGUUCCCCGUGGACCCGGGUGCUGAUGCGUCUCUUUGCGGCAUGGCUGCCACCAGCGCAUCAGGCACUAACGCUGUGCGCUACGGUACCAUGCGCGAAAACGUCCUGAACCUGGAGGUGGUGCUGGCAGACGGGACGAUCAUACACACGGCGGGCAAGGGCCGGCGUCCCAGAAAGACGGCAGCAGGUUAUAACUUAACUAACCUGUUUGUGGGCUCCGAGGGGACGCUGGGGAUCCUGACCAAAGCCACGCUCCGGCUGUACGGCAUUCCAGAGAGCAUGGCGUCUGCCGUCUGCUCCUUCCCCUCGGUUCAGGCAGCCGUGGACAGCACGGUGCAGGUGCUGCAGGCCGGCGUGCCCAUCGCUCGCAUCGAAUUCCUGGACGAUGUGAUGAUCGGUGCGUGCAACAGCUUCAACUCUCUGUCCUACCCCAUCCUGCCGACGCUCUUCCUCGAGUUCCACGGCAGCUCCAAGAGUCUGGAGGAGCAGGUGUCUAUUACAGAGGAGAUCACACGAGAAAACGGUGGCUCAGACUUCACCUGGGCUGAGGAUGAGGAGACACGCUCACGGCUAUGGAAAGCUCGACACGAUGCCUGGUACGCUGCACAGGCACUCCGGCCAGGCUCCAAGGCGUACUCUACAGACGUGUGCGUGCCAAUCUCUCGUCUGCCCCAGGUCAUUGUGGAAACCAAAGAAGACCUGAUGAGAAACAAUCUUAUAGCUUUCAUGUGGAUCAUUAUGUAUACAGCCAGCUCCAACAAUCUGAGAUCACUGCCAAGAAAAUCAAACUAAAAUUACAGUUCGGUCAAAUGAUUCUUUCAAUAACCAGAGUGCCUCACUCUUCACUAUACCGUACAGUAUAUUGUACAGUUACAGAAGUUACUGCUUUCAGGGGACCAAACAGGUGACGGAGCGAGAUGGAGGAAUAUAGGGAGGAUGCUUUAACCCCUUGUUACGUUUGACACUCAAAUACGUUUUUGCAGAGUGUCAGUGACCGUGCAGGCAUCCAAGAUUGUCAUGCAAGAUGACGACAAACUUGUAUAUCAGUCUUCUGUUUGGGCUUCACCUCUUCAAUAAGCGUCUCACUGUAUCGAGCACUGCUGAUUGUUGAACCUUUUUCUUAAUAAUGUUCCAAUACUGACCCCUGAGAACCUGAAAAAAAAAGCUGUAAGCAUUGAUAAAUUUUCCAGCUGAUGGUUGACUUUUCAAGCUUUUUCUCGGUCGGCGAUUGAGGACGUUUCCGUUCCAUACUGUGCCGUUUACUCUCAGGCUGGUAGUGAUGCAUCACGUGUCUCUUUAAGAAACUUUCACCUUCCUUAGAGUACUAAGCUCUUCUGUUUACGCUCUUCUGUGAGUUGUUUCGUCAUUAGGUACACCCUCAGACCACAAAAAACAAACAAACAAACAAACAAUCCCUCCCCCCCCCAAAAAAAAACAUUCAGACUUGCACAGCAGUGACCGGGGAGACAGUAGCCUUGAACAGAAGGUGCUUGAUAAGACAGUGCGGACAAGAGAAGUUGUAAUAUACCAGAAGUUGUAUAAACCAGAGUGCGGAUAAUUUUUGACUCACCCUCAUAAACCUAAUUUAACGAUAAUGACUUCCAUUAUUGUCCGAAUCAAAUAUAAAUCAAAUUUGAAUCACAAUUUGAUCUUACAAUUUCGAACAAGGUAUGUAUAAACAGGUGAGUUGCACAAAAGAAUUCUAAAUUUUCUCAGCCACGAACAGAUUCCUAAAAGUUGAAUGAAAUGCGUCUGUAACCUGGUGGAUUUUUGGACUUGACCUGACCUCGUCUACCU